UACUUUUCUAUAUUUGACGCUACGCACGCGUUAUGUUACAUUACAAUAUGUUAGUUACUUGGCUUAAAACGCAUUACCUGCUUUCGUACGGUUUCUGUUCACUUCCUAACGGGUUUCCAUUUAUUGGUAGUGAAGAAUUUUUCAGCAAGUGCAAUUGACGGACUCAAUAUAAUCACGAUGUCACAUUUUCGGCAUAACGAGGGGGAUGUUGCAAGACAAAGCAGCAGCAAAGAAAUGGAGGAUGGCCAAAGACCACACCACAGUGGUAGAUACCAAGAAAAUCCCAGUCAUAUUAUGGAACAUUUAGCCACGUUUACAGUGAACGAAGACGCUGGAAUUGUCACUCCGAUUGAUGGAAUGCGACGACUUCUACAAAUGGAAAAGAACACAGGUAUAUGGUCGCAAAAAAUGAAGUUGUGUUUGGACAAAAACAGUGUGCUCAUAACUGAUUUUGAGACGGGGGAAUUAAUCGAAAGAUUCCCAUAUUACUUGAUAGAGAGUCCAACGGCAUUUACAUCGGACGAUGUACUGGAGUUGUAUAACAAUGUUCUAGUUUUUAUUGUCUCGGCCGGAGAUGGAGUUCAGUCAGAGAUGCAUAUAUUCCAAUCUCAGAGCAUAUCGGCGGUGCAUUUAGUUGAAGAUAUUAAAUAUCUUCUGAAUAACAGCUCUGGUCGUACAGACUCACCAACGACAUACUCUAAUCAGGCCAUAAGUUUAAGAAAGACCGAAGAAUCUGAUUUCUACAAAAAUACACGAGAACUUUAUAGUGCCAACGUUGGCGCAAACGCUGAAUCUCGAAUGUUUGAGGACAUCGUAAGUGAGAAGUAUGAGCGGGAAGUCAAUCUUUUAAAUAGUUGCUUUGAUGAUAUUGAGAAAUUUAUUGCUCGACUGCAACACACUGCAGCUGCUGUACGGGAGAUAGAGAGGAGGAAAUACAAGAAACGUGAAAUUGGCGAUGGCCUUUUGAACUUGCAUACACGCCCUCCUUCCGAACAAGAAUUCGUCGACAUUUUGGCGAAAUUCAAGUUGUCUUUCAAUUUGCUGUCGAAACUUAAAUCUCAUAUUCAUGACCCCAAUGCUCCGGAACUGGUUCAUUUUCUUUUUACACCUCUUGCGUUGAUCGUUGAGGCUGCGCGUGAUACCUAUGCUGAGUCCCAAAUUGCUUCGAACGUAAUUGAGCCACUGCUAACCAGCGACACAAUACAAUUCUUAAUGAACUGUGUCAGUAGCAAAGAAACGGAACUGUGGAAGUCACUAGGUGCAUCCUGGAUAACUCCAGCUGAACAAUGGUGUGAAAGGGAAGAUAUGAGUAACAUUAGAGGCUAUAAUAGACCAUCUCAUAAUAUGGGCGGCAAUGAGUUUCCCUUGCCACGGCCAGACCAAUAUGGGCUGGCAGAUGAACAGCAAAUCGAUUAUAGCCAUUUACCAGGAACAUCAACGUCACGUCUCAAUAUGUUAUCUGGCUACAAAUACAAAAACAAAAUGUCAGAGCAAAGAAACUUUGAUCCAUCCAUUGGUGAGGAGAUCGAAGUCAACCAAGUUCAAGACGUUAUGCGAUCACAGGAGCAAGUGCUAGGAGGAAUGCAAAUCCAAAAUAUUCCCGGAGAAGAUAUGAGUGACAAUGCACCACACUCUUCGAGUCAACAUUUAGGAAAAUUCAAAGCUCGACAUUCACCGAUGGAAAUGGAUACACUGAAUGAAAAGUGGCUAAACCAACUCCGUAUGAAGGGAUCAAAAGUAGUUGUUGUGUGUUAUCCGCGCAUUGCAAACAACGACAAAGAAUUGAGUGUUGUCAAAGGAGAAUAUUUAGAGAUUAUUGAUGACUCGAGGAAAUGGUGGAAGGUUCGAAAUGUAAACGGUAAUGUAGGUCAUAUACCCAGUACAAUUGUGGCCCCGGUUUAUGUUUCGUCUUCGUCUCACAAGAAUUGAGUUGAUGUGACCGGAAACAAAAAAAAAAAAAAAAUUGUCAUUCGAAAUAUUGUUAUUAACAAAUAGUUUUUUGAUAUAUGUAUGUAUCUAAUAUCAUUAUAAUUGUAGGAUGUACAGUGCCAAAAAGAGGUUAUUGGCACUGUUACUUUAAAAAGAAACGAUGAAUUUUAUAAAAAGACAAGACAUAUACAAUGUAUUUUAAUAUAAACAUAUUUACACACAUUUAAUAUUCAAUAUAUUAAUAAAUAAACUUUAAAUCCAAAACUAACAUUUAUAAGAAAAACAAA